CUUUCUUUCCUUGUUUUUUUUUUUUUCCUUCUCAGGUCUCUCGAGCUAAAAUCGUCCUCGGUGCUUUUUUUUAAAACCUAAUUUUGGAUUUAAAACGCGAGCGAAAAGGGCGCGGAGGUUAUUGCACGCGACAUGUUGGAUUUUUAUUUCUUUUCCUAGUUAAUUAUUGUUAUUUAUUUAUUUUUAUUUUUUUUUUUUUUUAGAAAUGCGGAGGGUGUGCUCGCGUGUGAAAGCGACACUUUCGAGACGUUUUUCGCCCGAGAAAGUUUUAGUGGAAACCGUGAAAAGUUUGAAACGUGGCUGAGACGCCGCCGAGCUCCUGCGCCGCCGUGGCGCAUGGACCACGACCGAGGAGGAGGUGUGGGGUGUGGGGUGGGGAGCGGGGCGUAAAGGGGGGGUCCUGGGACCUAAGUUUGCCCUCCUCUCACGAAUGUUACAAAGCUCCUAGGGGCAACAUUGUGUCUGGUUCGUGUUUCUAAAGAAGAGAAAAAGGGUUUAUUGUGAUUUUGAGCGAUCCCCGCCCGCCUGGAUAUCACGAGUCAUUGCUGUAAUGUGUUUGCUCGCAGCCCUUUGAAGGUCGGCAGGAUGGCUGAGAAGGAGCCCGACUCCCCUGGAAAACUAAAGACACUAUUAUAGCCAGAACUGGCUUUUUCGGAAUAAGGGGCCUAUCCGAGCGGACUAUUUCCUUUCCCAACUUUCCCCACUGUGGAUAAUGGAUGGCAGAGAUUUUGGUCCCCCCCGAUCCGUCCAUGUGCCGCCUCCGCUGUUGGCCGGGCUCGCUAUGGAGUCUCACCGACUCGGAGCAGCAGCCGCAGCCGGGAGGAUCCCUCCCUCUCCCGGUCACUUGGGCUCGAGUCACCCGCCUCCUCUCCACUCCGGAAAAUUCUUGCCAUCGGCCAUUAACCUACAUCCACACCACAGUGAUGCCUUCCCGGGGGGCUCCGGUCACUUCCUGUCAGGUUAUCCAGGCCCCUCCCCCUUGACCUCCGACCCCUCGUACAGAUCGGCCAAUCCCAGCGGUCUGCAGAUGGCUCAGCUCUGGGCGUCUCACGCCCACGAAGGUUACCCUCCCCUCCCCAGCAGCCUGUACUCCAGCGCUUACCUGUCGCUGGGACACCUGGAGCCCCCCUCGCUCUCCCAGCAUCCGCUCUACGACUCUCAGAAAGAGGGAUACUACCUGUCGUCAUCUUUACAUCCUCCAUCUGCUCCGCCGGCCGCCUCCAGCCAGUCCAGCUCCACGCCUCCUCAGAGGACGUCCCGGGACGGAGGGAGGGAGCGGUCUUAUCGGUCGAGGGAGGAGCAGCGUCCUCUCAGCGUGGUGGACCUGACGCAGGACGGGAGGAUCGACGAGGACCGACGGACGGCGAGAGAAAAGGACCAAAAAGACACCGACAGAGACAGAGAUGUUUGGUCCUUCCAUCCUCACCAGCAGAAGUCCAGCGUGGACCACAGAUCACGGGUGUCUCCUCCUCCGCCUCCUCCGCCGUCCUCCUUCCCUCACGGUCCGGGCGGAGGCCGGUUCCACGGACCAGAAACAGACCGAGGGGGUCGGGACGAGGAGGUCGGCUCUCGAUCCCACCACGGCUCAGACCGACCGAGGAGGAACGACCUGGUGGCGACGCCGUCGGGGAACCUCCACAUCUCCUACGCCCACCUGUCCAGAGAGCCAAUCAGAGAGCAGCGAGUCAGCGCGCCGACGUACGUGCCUUCUGUGGAGGUUUACGACGAGCGGGUGGGGCCCAUCCAGAUCGCCUCGCAGGCCCGCGACAAACACAGAGAAAGGGAACGCGAGGAGAGGGAGAGCUUCAGGUUUCACGAGAAAAGCGUCGCCGACCACCCCCGGCUCUCCGGCGAGUUAAACAAUCAACGAGAGGAAGGAUCGGUCAUCUGCUCCAACGGGUCGGUCAUCAGUAAACGAGGCCAGGACGCGUCUUUCCCCUCGAGUCAAUCAAGGUUCAGCCCAGAAACCAGGGACGCAGCUAAACACUCGAGGACGGGGGCGGAGCCUAAGUGGAACGCCAUCAGCCCGUUGGCCAACUACGCCACGAGUCACAUGGCCGCUCUGGCGGCGCAACACGGACAAACGUCGCACCGGGCCAACAACGCCUCACAAUCCUCCCACAGCCAUUCCCCACAGACGUCCUCCUCUUCCACCUCCUCUUCCUCCUCCUCCUCCUCCUCCUCCCACGGGCAUGGCCGCUCGGGUGAGGAGGGGCGGCGCUACCUGGACCCGGCGGCGCUCUACCGACCCGGGUCGUCUCUGGUGGGAGGCUCCGGAGGUGGAGGUGGUGGUGGAGGAGGAGGAGGAGGAGAACGAGAACGAGGUUCAGACUCGACAGAAGUCUCUGCCAUGCAGAGCCUCAUCAAAUACAGCGGGAACUUCGCCGCUGAGGGUCCCGCCUCCUCCAGGCUCGCCGCUGACGGCCGAGGGCCGUUUGGGGGUCUGGCUAACAUCGGGAUGGAGGAGAGGGAGAGGGAAAGGGAGAGGGAGAGGGAAAGGGAGAGGGAGAGGGAGAGGGAGAAGGAGAGGAUAUCGGGGGCGCUGAGGGUCCCUCCCCAGCUGAAGAGGGAGCAGGAGCGACCGGACAGCGCCCGCUCGUUCGGCCGGGAAGGCGACGGCGAGGUGCGGCAUCCCCCCGUGGGCAUCGCCGUGGCGGUGGCUCGUCAGAGGGACAGUGGGACCACCAGCAAACAGAGCAGCACAAGCUCGGACGCACAGAGACCCCUGUUACAAACCAACGCUAUUAAAGAUGAGGAGCGAGGGGACGACCGGGCUCGCCACCACGACGACAGGCUGCUGGCGGGUCGGCUGGAACGUGACCAGGAGAAAGUGCUCAGAGAGCCCAAGGAGCUGGCAGACUUCCCCCAGAUUCACCCGGCCCCUCUGUCCAGCGGCCUGACGCCAAAUAUGAUGACGCCCAGCCUCAUGACCCCCAACCUCAUGGUCACAGGAGGCGCGGCCCUGGCAGGGGCCGGGCGAUGGCCCCCUGACCCCUCAACUCUGACCUCUCACCCCUGGAUGCACCGGCCUGGAGCUCCUCCAGUCUGGCUCUCCGGCUCCCCGUACAGUCUGGGUCCUUCCUCGCUCCAUCAGACCCUCCCUCCCGGCUACCCCCCCUCGCUGCCCAGCUCCAUGCAUCCUCCAUACCAGUUUGCCCGGGACCCACAGUCUGGGCAGCUCAUCGUCAUCCCCACCGAACACCUGCCACACUACGGAGGCGACGUCCUGGACCGCGGAGGCCCGGUGUGGUCGAGCGUGUACGGUACCGGCGGUUCCCUGCAGCACGCCGCCCAGCUGCAGCUCCUCUCUCAGCAGCAGAUGCUCCGGCAGCAGGAGCUGCUCAUGAUCCAGCAGCACACGGUUCAGGUGCUGGAGCUGCAGAGGAACGCGCAGCUCGUCGAGCGUUUAAAGGCCAGCGAGCACCGGCCGGAGAUGGAAGACAAAGCCGACAAGCGCACCGCGGAGCCGAAGCCCCGCCCCUCCUCCAUAUCCUCCCCGUCUCCCUCGCCGGUCCUGCACCCCCGCAAGCACGCCCCCCCCUGCCGCUCGCCCGCCACCCUCCCGUCCACGUCCUCCCUCGCCCCGCUGCCCCCCCUCCGCUCCCCGGUGACCACGCUCAAGUCGGAGGACGGCGGAGGGCAGAGGGCGUCGUCUCACCCGCCCAAGCCUCUGCCUCACCACCCGGCCUCGCCGCCCCCGGCCUCCCCGCCCCCGGCCUCGCCACGGCGCCCCAAACAGGAGGUGGUCGAGGAGCGGGAGGUGGGGCGGAGGGAGCAGAGGGAGGGGCAGAAGUUGCCGCCCGCCCCCUUUCAAGGCAUCUACUCAGAUCUUCCUCCAGGUUACCCGUACCAGUCCAUCACUGCCCCCUUUGGUUCACCUUUCCCCCCGUAUCACCUCCCACCUCCGUCCGGAGAAAACCCUGAAGCUGUCCCUCCCCGUCGCCCCUGCUCUCCGGUCUCCGCCGCCCCUUUACCCUCGUCCCACCUCCACCCGCGGCUCCUGGACGCCGACAUCAAGCCUCAGAAACUGGAGCCAUCCAAGAAGGGAUCUUUCCUGAAGCAGGAGCCCGGCGUGGAGCCGCCUCGUAUCGCCGUGACGCCGGAGCCGUUCGUCCCCCUGCGGCCGAGGAGCUGCAGCCCCGUCAGAGACGACAAAGACGGAGCGGAGGACGAGGAGGAGGCCCUCCACGUCCCCAGUCCUCCUCCUCCACGACGAGAGCUGGACGUCCGGGAGGAAGAGAAGGAUCAAAUCAAAAUGGAAGUGUCGUCUUACUCCUGUCAGGCAGCUUACCCCUCGCCCCCUCCGCUCAAAGAUCCUGAACCGAAACCAAAAGUCCUGCAGGAUCCGGGCCUCUACCCUCCAUCACGCGUCUCUCUGGACUCUGACAACCAGGAACCGGCUCGGAUAAAAACCAGCAGCGGCGAACGAGAACAUCCAGACGCCACCAUCAGCUCAGGUCUGAAAGAAAGCACCGCCGAGCCCCUUCCCCCCUCCACCUCCACCUCCUCCUCCUCCAGCUCUCCACUCUCGCUCCUCUGUCCGGAGGACCCCAUGGCGGGGAUGUUCGCCCUGCUAACGGCUAGCGAGAUGGCCCAGGCCCGCCCCGACACCCCGCCCGCCCCGACGCUCGUCCCGCAGACGGACGCCCUUCGUGUUGGGGCAGACUGCAGCGGCGCGGGGCCGCUGGAGAUGGUGGCGCUGGAGGGGAUGGCCCUGCUCAGCCAGAUGGCUCAACAAGAGAUGGAGCACAUGAGCCAGGAGCAAGAUCUGACUCUGGAGGGUCUGGACUGUCUUCUUGAAGCGAGCAGACAGAUUCUGUUGGACGCCAUCGAGAAACAGUCCCACAUCGAUCUCGCCAGGACGUUGGACCCCAACAAGAAGUACAGCUGGAGGCAGAGGAAGGAGGAGCCGCUGUACAGUAAAAUGUCGUUGGACGUGUUGGACGCCGUGGAGGUGGAGUAUCGGGUUCAUCUGGCCGAGCUGCAGAAGACGUACAAAGACAAGCAGAGAGAGCUGAGCAAACUGCAGAGACGCAGGGACAAACGUGAGCGGCAGCAGCAGGAGGACGAGAGGCGGAGUCUGACCAGACGGGGCAGAGGACGACCCAGGAAGAGGAAACACUUGGCCACGCCCCCCAAACUGGACAGCAGGCCUGGAAAGGUGGGACGGACGGUGCAAUACUCUGAGGACUCCGAAGCAGGGGACGGACAGAGGAAGAGGUUUCGGGUUUCCAGAGAAGAAGAGGAGACGGAGGCAGGAGGAGGCGGAGGAGGAGUGAUGAAGGUGAAGAAGAAGAAGAAAAAGAAGAAGAUGUGGAGCGAUCAGGAGCCGUCGACGAGCCACGCUCUGGAGGUGCUGAAGUCGAAGCGUGGCCUCGUGUGCGAGCAGGAGCAGCUGGCGUCGGACCUGGACCGAGCGCUGUCGCUCUCCCAGCUCGGCUCCAUCGGCGCCUCCCGAAAACUCGGCUCCGCCUCCAAACUGGCCAAGUCCAAGGGCAAGUCCUCCGAGGGUCGGACCAAGGAGCGAGGAGGCGUCCACUCCUCGGCCAAAGGGGCCAAGCUCAAGAUGGCCGCCAAGUCCUCGGAGAGCGGCGGGAAGGUGAAAAGUCCCAAGAAGGCCGCUCUGUUUUCUCCCACGAGGUCGGAGCUCAGCAGCUGCUCCAACAACUCGGACUCGGAGGAGCACAGCUCGGCCCGGGGGGGCUGGCUCCCUCUCUCGGGGCCGCGUUCCCACGGCAACCUGGCCAGGAAGAGGACGUCGUCGUCGUCGCCGCCGCCUUCGCCGCAGCGGCCGCCGCCGCCGCCGCCGUCGUCGUCGUCGUCCGGCCAGAAGCCUCAGAAGAAGAAACACAAGCACUUAUCGCUGCUGCUGGAGGAGGCCGGCCUCAGCUCCUCCGACGACUCCUUCGACCAAGAAACCUCAGAGGAUGAGGAGGAGGAGGAGGAGGAGGAAGAGGAGGAGUCGGACUCGGAGGAAGGCGGCUGUGAGGAGAGCGGGUUGGGCCUCCUGGCCAGGUUCGCGGCGAGCGCCCUCCCCGUCAGCUCCACCCCGCUGAGCCUCCUCCACGACGGCAAACACAGCAGCAGGCAAAGCACUCUGGGUUCGUCCGAGUGCGAGUGGUCGGACUCGGGCUCAGACUUGAGGAAGCUGAGGAAGUUCCCGUCUCUGCUGCACGGGAAGCGCUCGGCGCCGGAGCUCCCCCUGUUGCCCCCGGCGACCCGCCGCGUCGACCAGAGCAGCCCCUCCAAGCGGGACGACGCCCAGCCGGCCAAGCGCAAGCCCCUCCCCAAGCCGCGCCCCUCGCCGCGGUCGCCGCGGAGAUUCAGCUUCGACCUGGGCUCCUCCGGCGGGUUCGGCGGCUUCAGCGAGGACGAGGGCUGGAACCGGCGCCGCAGCGAGAGGAUCUUCCUCCACGACGCCACCACCUCGGCCAAUCAGGCGUCCGCGUCCUCGGCCAAUCAGAGCUCCUCCUCCUCCUCCUCCUCUUCUUCAUCUUCCUCCUCCUCCUCCGGCUCGGCUCCACCUCUCCCAUCGAAGCCGCCGGCCCGACCCAAACCCACGGCGCCCGGCAGGGACGGGAAGGAUGUGGUGAAAAAGAAGAAGCCGAAGGACUCUCCUCUGCAGAGCCCGGCCGCUCUGUGCAGCCCGGUCAGCGACGGGCCUCCUCCUCUGAGCCUCAGCCCGACUCGUAAGAGCCAAGCAAAGGCCAAGGCCAAAGCCCGAGAGCCGUCCCGAGGCGCCGUGAGCCGGCUGAUGGAGAGCAUGGCCGCGGACGAGGACUUCGAACCCAACCAGGACAGCAGCUUCAGCGAAGACGAACUCCUCCCACCACGAAGCAACAGCGUCUCAGAGAGAUCGUCCACACCAGCUCCGGUGCAGUGUGUGCUGGAUAAAGACUCACUGGUGGACGGACUCAGAGUCUUGAUCCCGAUGGACGACCAGCUGCUGUACGCUGGACACGUGAACACUGUCCACUCCCCCGACAUAUACAGCGUGGUGGUGGAAGGGGAGCGAGGGAACCGGCCUCACAUCUACUGCCUGGAGCAGCUGCUGCAGGAGGCCAUCAUCGACGUGAAGCCUCCAUCUGUGCGCUACCUCCCAGAGGGAACCCGCAUCGCUGCCUACUGGAGCCAGCAGUACCGCUGCCUCUACCCCGGCACUGUCGUCAACGGAAGUUCGGAUAUCGACGAGAACGAUGAUCUCAUCACGGUGGAGUUUGACGACGGAGACACAGGACGUAUCCCCCUGUCCCACAUCAGGCUACUGCCUCCGGACUACAAGAUCCACUGCGCCGAGCCGUCCCCGGCCCUGCUGGUGUCCAGCUGCUCCAGGAGGAGGGUCCGCAAAUGCAGCAAAGAGGGCAAAGAGGCGGGAACCAAACCUGAGGAGACCACCCCCAAAAUCAAAGGAAAACCUGGUCGCAAACCCAAACCCAAACCAGAGACCUCAGUCGUCUCAGACGUGCGGGAGAAGGCAGAUCCUCCAUCAUCCUCCUCCUCCUCCUCCGCCUCCUCCCAGACUCCAGCCAAACCUCCCUCCUCCACCCAGAAACCGGCUCCUCAGCAGAAACCCCGCCCGGCCUCCAGACCCACGAUGGGGACCCAGACGAAACCCCGUAAAAGCUCCUCCACCUCCUCCUCCACCUCCUCCACGGCCGCCGCCGCCGCCGCUGCCACGUCCCCCACGGGCAGCCCCACCCUCCCCAGCCCGGCCCCCCCCAGGAAGAGCAGCUCGGCCCAGGCUCCGGUCCCCAAAGCGUCCCGGCCUCUCCCCCCGUCCCUCUACCCCUCCACCUACGGGAAGGUGCUGACGGUGGACCUGUACAGCGAACCCAACCUGGGCUCCUACGCCUCCAGCCGGCCCAUGUCCAGGCCUCCUCUGUCUGCGUCGUCCGCCGCGUCCAAACCCGGCUCCUCGUCCGCCCCCAGACCCUCGUCCUCCCCCAAAACCAAGCCCUCCUCAGACCACCACAGCAGCUCCAGACCGGGACUCAUACCCAGCCCCAUCUCCCGCCUCUCCACAACCAAACCCAGCUCCUCCCUAGCUCCCAGACCCCCGUCCUCUUCCUCCACCACCUCCUCGUCCUCCUCAUCAUCAUCAGCAUCAUCAGCUCCCAGGCCUAAACUGAAGAUACCAUGUGACCAGCUCUCCUCCAGGCCCGGCUCCGCCCCCAAACCCAAGUCCAGCUCCGGGGACAAAGACCCUCGGAGGAAGUCCCUCUCGGCGGAGCCCCUCGUCAAGCUGGACCACGAGGGCGUCACCUCCCCCAAGACCAAGAAGACCAAGGCCCUGAUGCUGCUGGAAGGCCGCGGCGUCAGGCCGCGAGACCACGCCCCCAUCGCCACGUCCUCGGCCAAUCAGAAGCCGCUGAAGGCCAAAGUGAGAGCUCCAGACAGGGAGGCGGCCGAGAAGGACUCCGCCUACAAAGCGGCGGCGGCGGUUGCGACGCUGGCGAAGGAGAAAGCAGACGGUCGAGGAGUCGGCGUCAGAGGACAGGAGGCGGAGGAGAAAACCAAGAAGGAGGCGGAGAGGAAGAUGAAGGAGGAGUCUCAGAGCAGCAGCAGCUCCGAUUCAGACGAAGAAGAAGAGAAAGGGAAGAUAAAGAAGAAGAAGAAGAAAUGCACCUCCAGCUGCUCCUCCUCCUCCUCCUCGUGCUCCGGCUCCUCUUCAUCGUCGUCCUCGUCGUCGUCUUCGUCGUCCUCCUCCUCAACUGACGACUCCUCUUGUAGCUCAGAUGAGGAGAGGACCCCUACACCUCCUCCUCCUCCUCCUCCACCUCCUCCUACUAAUCCUCCUCCCCCAGGCCCCGCCCAGAAGCCCCCGGUGCAAGAGAAACCAAAAGAGGACGUAAAAGAAGAAGAAGAAGAGGAGGAGGAGGAGGAGGUGAAGAAGGAAGUUGAGGUAAAAGAGGAGGAAGAAGAAGAAGAGGAAGAGGAGGAGGAGAUGGAAGAACCUCCUCCCUCACGCUCCCCCUCCCCCGCCUCCUCUCCAGCUCCCGCCGCUCCUGCUCCGUCUAAACCUGCCAAGCCGACCACGGGGAAGGGCUCCGGGCAAAGGGGGCGCCCCCCGAAACCGAAACCCAACGGAGCAGGUGGAGGAGGAGGAGGUGGUGGAGGAGGAGGAGGAGGAGGAGAGGGGAAGGCGGGGCGGCCCAAGAGGAGAGAAGGAGUCCACCUCCCCACGACGAAGGAGCUGGCCAAACGUCAGCGUCUCCCCAGCGUCGAGAACAGACCCAAAAUAUCUGCUUUCCUUCCGGCCCGGCAGCUCUGGAAGUGGUUUGGGAAACCGACUCAGAGACGCGGUAUGAAGGGAAAAGCCAAGAAGCUCUUCUACAAGGCCAUCGUCCGCGGCCGGGAGAUGAUCCGCAUCGGGGACUGCGCCGUGUUCCUGUCGGCCGGCCGACCCAACCUCCCCUUCAUCGGACGCAUCCAGAGCAUGUGGGAGUCGUGGGGCAGCAACAUGGUGGUCAGGGUGAACUGGUUCUACCACCCGGAGGAGACCAACCCCGGCAAGAAGCUCACCGACAAGAAGAACUGGGAUCAGAUGUGUGGUCAGUCGUUACCAGCAGCUCUACACUCGUCCAUCCAGAGGAAGGACUUCAUGGAGAGAGCCCUGUACCAGUCGUCUCACAGCGACGAGAACGACGUGCAGACGGUCAGUCACAAGUGCCUGGUGGUGAGCGUGGAGGAGUACGAGCAGAUGACCCACACCCGCCGCUACGCCGACAGCGAGGACCUCUACUACCUGGCCGGCACCUACGAGCCGACCACCGGCAUGAUCUUCAACACGGACGGCGUCCCCGUCAUCUGCUGAGCAAACCCGGGGACACGGGACACACGGGGGACACGGGGGACACACUACAGAGACAGUAUUACAGAGGAUUAAAAGUCUCCGGAGACGUUUGCACACACACACACACACACACACACAGACUUCAUCCGACGACACGUUGUACAUGUAUAAAUAAAUAUAUAUAUAGAUAUAUAUGCAUAAACAGACAUGUACGCGCACACAUGCACAAACGACGAUUGUAAAUACACACACACACACACACAGUUCUAUAGAGGAAAAUAUGAGUGUUUUAUUUUCAUGUAAUAGAUUUAUGUCAGAGUACUUUUUUCUAAAGAGGUAAAAAAAAAAAAACAGCAGAGAAGCUUUAAUGAACUGUGAAUGAUGAUGAUGAUGAUGAAACGAGGAGGAGGAGGAGGGAGGUUGUGAUGUUGCCGUGGUGAUGUUACAGUCAUGUUACAGUCGUAUAUAAACGUGUCUACAGAACAGCAGGAGAGAAGAGAGGACGAGACGCACAGAAAGAAGAGAGCACUUAUAAAAAAAAAGAAAAAAGAAAAACACUUGUAUUGUAAUUUAACCCCCUCCCACCCUGACAAUCCAAACUCUGUCCAUGUGCUACUAGAACUUGUGAUUCCCUCAGAGACUCAGGCUAAAGAGAGAGGAAGUCAUUUUUAUACUAUUCACAGCACUUCUUGUUUUCAUCUUCCUUAUUUUAAAGGAAAAAUCCACCCCCGCCCUCCUCCCCCCCUCCCACAAACAAAAAAAAAAACAAAAGGAGAACACUAUAUAUAUAUGUAUCAGCUGCUGUCCUCUCUGUAUAACGGGGGUGGAAGUGUCCUCGAGGUGUUUCUACGCGUAAUGAACCCGCUGGUGUUUAAUCCAGAUGUUUAUUAGGCAGCAGCUGGGGGUGGAUCCUUCUUCUUCUUCGCCGGGUUUGCGAGCGCUGCAGUCGGUCCAUGAAGGUCACCAUCCGCUCUGAUUGGAUCAGCAUAAUUCAAUUUUAACACUCAUCCUCCUCCUCCUGCUCACGUCUUGUUUGUUCCUUUUCUCUGCAGCGUUUGCAACCUCUAAAUGUCCCGCGUUGUGUUUUGUUUUUUUUUGUUAUUUUGCUUCUGCCUCCAUCUUUUUUUUUUUUUUUUUUUUGACAUGAGUGCACUUUGAACGAAGCCGUCGUCGCUGCUGCAGAGGAGACUCGCUCACCGAGGGUCUCGCAUGUCUUCCUAGAGUAUUUGAUUGCCCUCAUGCUUUCUCCUCUGCAGCGGUUCAGCUUUUAGAUGCAGACACACAAACACAUUCUUCCUCUUAGAAUUAUUACUAUUACUAUUAUUAUUAUUAUUAAUUUAGCUGCAUUUUUCUUUCUUAAAACUAUUUUUUAGGGUGCGACUGUUGAAUGUUGUGCUCAGGCGGCCUUACACCCUCUCCCCCUCGGCCUUAUGACGACAAACACGAUGCCAAAAUCGGUUUAGGCCCCGCCCUCUAAGUAUAAGGGGCGGGGCCUAAAAUAACACGUACCGGCCCGAACCAGUAUCGAAAAAUCCCGACGUCUGCAAAUGUUUCCCUUUUCUUUUUACUUCAUAGAAGUACAUGAUGGAAGUGUUUACAUUUAAGCAGCGCGACCCUUUUACACAACAUUUUAUGAACCAAUCUGACGUUUCUUAAGAAAAAUAAGUGCAAUUUCAGCGCACUGCUGCCAUCUGCUGUUCACUUCUGGGUCUCAGUGUCACGUCGACGACUUUCACUAAAAAAAAAUUAGGAAUAGCCGUUACUUUUAUUGAAAAAUUAUAGUUAACGUCUUCUAUGUAGUUUUAACCUCUGCAGAAUCAGAGGAUUAGAAUCAGAUGUUUUUUACUUUUUGGUAAAAUCCUCUUCCACCAUUUAGACGUUCCUGAGCUCUCAUUAAAGGGGGACCUAUUAUGCUCAUUUUCGACUCUACAUUUUUAUUCAGGGAGGUCACCGGUGUGGAUUUGUAUGAUUUACCGUUUUAAAAAAAUCUGUCUUUAUUUUAUAUCUCACGCAGCUUGUUGAGCAGCUUUUAAGUUCGGUUUCUGCGUGAAAACGGGAGAUUUCAGCUCCUGUCUCUUUAAGAAGCCCCUCCCCCUCGUUUAAAAGCCCUCUGAUUGGCUGGUUGGUUAUAAUUCCACGUUUUUACACAUUAUUGUUAAUGAUUUUUACCCUAGUUUGACUUUUGAGAUGAUAAUGUACAAAGAAAUAUAAGUAGAACAAUUACUAUCUUUUUAUUAUAAUUGUUUUCCUAUGUUUAAAAUGAGUGUCCAACGUUAUAACCUUGUAAAUAUAUCAGAAAAUCAGCAUAAUAGGUCUCAUGUAACCCACCUAGCUGCGUCCUGGUGUCCAGUGUUUGUAUCAGAUAUAUAUCUAUAUACAGUAUGUGCUAUACUGUAUAAAUAUGUCCUGUUUAUACACAUCUAUAUAUAUAUAUAUCUGUCAUUUUUAACCACGUUGCCCUCUCUCUGCUUUGCUCUGCAGAGACUGAAGAUUGUCUUGUUGAUAUUCAAUAGUUUUAAUAUUUUCUACUCUCUUGAGAUCUUUUGUCUACGUUGUUUUUUUGUUUUUUUUUUUAACGCUGAGAUGCCGUCUGGUCUGGAGGACGACGUUAGCAUUUCACGACUCGUCUAUAUAAAAAGUUCUGACGCGACCCAGUUAAUGAAGAUAUGCUGCUAGACUAUUAUUAGUAUUUAAAGCUGUUUCAACA